UUCAAACUGGCGCUUAAUUUUAACCGGGUUUUGGCGGAUUUAAACCGCGGCUCAAAUUCUUUAAAUUCCAUCUCUGGAUGCUAAAACAAAGAUCCAAAAUAUUGAUCCGGCAUUCAGUUGAAUUCAAGCUUUAAAUAUUUGUCUUUGAUCUGGGGACAAUGGAAAAAUCGAGCUUCUCAUGGAAAAAAUGGAUUUGAAGUAAAAUUUCCCAAUUAACUUGUUUUUAAUGGGGUUUCUAUGUUUUAAUAUCUAAACAAACCUUCUCUAACUCCUCAUUAACCUGAUUAUUCGUAAAAUGCGAAGCGAACUAAUUUUGUUGUUUGCGUGAAAUAGAAGAAUAAGGUAAAUUUUAUUUAUUAAAAUCAGAUAAUAUUAAAUUCAAAUAUUUCAGAAAAGCAUGAACAGAUUGUUUGGAAAAGCAGCACCUAAAGUACCCCCUCCCAACCUAGGGGACUGUGUUGCAAAUGUGGACUCCAGAGCAGAAUCUAUAGAUAAGAAAAUUGCACGCUUAGAUGCUGAGCUAAGGAAAUACAAGGAUCAAAUGAGUAAGAUGAGAGAAGGUCCGGGUAAGAACGCUGUCAAACAAAAAGCAUUGAGAGUUCUAAAACAGAAGAAACAGUAUGAAUCACAGGCGGAUAAUCUACGAAACCAAUCUUUCAACAUGGAGCAGGUCAACUACUCAACGCAGAUGUUAAAGGACACGAAGACGACAGUGAGCGCAAUGAAACUGGGCGUCAAGGAGAUGAAAAAAGAAUUUAAAAAUGUGAAUAUUGAUCAAAUAGAAGACCUUCAGGAUGACCUAGCGGAUAUGUUGGAAGAGGCUAAUGAUGUACAGGAAGCUUUGGGCCGAUCCUACGGUAUGCCUGAUGUAGACGAGGAUGAACUAGAGGCUGAGCUAGAUGCUCUCGGGGAUGAAAUAGCUCUUGAUGACGACGCAUCAUAUUUAGACGACGCUAUCAGUGCCCCUGCUGUGCCUGGCCGUGAACCUGGGGCUGAUUCAGUUGCAACCAACAAGGACGGAAUUGAGGUGGAUGAGUUUGGGUUGCCUAAAAUCCCGGCCCAGUAGAACGAAGCCUUUGGUCUCAAACCUAAACCAACUAACAAUAUAUUAUUUAACCGCGCAUUAUCCAUAUUGUAUUGUUCUAUUUUGUUCUUAAUUAUGCUGAACUUAUGUCGUCCUUAUUAUUAUAGUAAACUCUGUGAUACUCUUAAUUUGUGAAAAUUAACAGGGAACCUUGGACAAAGGGUUUUUUUUUUGACUUUAAUAUUUGAUUUAAGAUCCAAGAUGAUUAUUUUAUUUCUUUUUUCUUGAAAGUCUUUCCAGAUUUCACCUGAUUAUCUUAUGUUUAUCGUAUUUAUGCAAAGCGAAAAUUCUAUUCCAGAA